CACCCCACACGCAUAUAAGGGAGACAGCACUAGUAACAAACAGCUCACCCGGACCAGGACAGCACCCUGCACCCCAACUGGACCCUCCACCCCAGGCGCUCAGCCCCGGAGCCUCUGCAGUGGGACUCUGACCUCCAGUGCACAGGACCCUGGACUCUGGACCCUGACUCAGACACCAUGAUGCCUGGCCCUUGGUGGCCCCUCGCCUUGGCCCUGGCCCUGAUCGUGACCGGUACCCCAGGGGGCUGCAUCCAGCAGGAAGCACUGAUGGCAGCUGAGGGUCCUGGCUUGGAUGACCUCCUGCAGCAGGCAGAGCACCUGCUCCUCCUCGGGGAAGAUUUACAGGAGCAGCCAGGGGCACCUGUGGAGCAUGAGUCCCAGGUCCCACAGCCACACUGGCUCUUCAAGCGUCAGCACCCAGGCAAAAGGGAGAACACUGAGGAAGGGCCUCAGCAGGAGGAAGAGGAAAGGAAUACAGUGGGUCUCCUCAAGCGGCAGCACCCUGGUCGGCGCUCACUCUGGCUGGAGUAUCCAGUCACUAAGAGGCAGCACCCAGGCCGAAGUCUGGUGGACUCUCACAGCCAGAGGAGCUUGGAAGAGGACUUGGAGGACAAUGGCGAGAGGGCACCCCUGCCCGAGAAGCGUCAGCACCCCGGCAAGAGGGUCCCAGAAGGGCCAUGUGGGUCCUGGGGUGCCUGUGACCAAGUCAGCCUCCUUUUGGGGCUCCUGGGUGACCUGGACCAGGGCCAGGGGUCCCAGGAGAAGCGGCAGCACCCAGGGCGGCGAGCCUAUUGGGCUAGGGAGCCCCUGGAAGCAUAAACCUCACAUCCUGGGUGUGGAGUUGGGGUCUGCGGGAUCUGAGCCUUGUGUGCCCCAGGUUUCAGAGCUCCCCAGCCCCUCCUUAGAUCCUGACUGUACAUCUGAACCCUUCCUUCAGGGAUGUGACUGCCAACCAAGAAGGGAAAGCCCAUGCUGCCCACACCUGAGCCCCUUUCUUCUAUGUCAUCUAAGGAGUCCCCACAGAGAGAAGGUGCCAAGAUGUCCAUGCCCAGUUCCCAUCCUCUAUUGCAUGUAGCCAGACUCUUGAGUGUGUACCUUGUCCCAGCCCCAGGUCCCAGGGCACCUUCUGCUGGUGCGCUGCACUCCCUGGGAAAGUUGUUCUGGAAAACUCCCUGCUGUGGGCAUGGAUGCAUUUGGGAACAAAUGUCACCCUGGAAGCUGUGGCUUUUGUGUAAUGUUCUAGGCACUCUGCCCAGUCCAUGAGAGUCACUCCUAAUGACAAUAAAGUGCCAUUGGAUCAUC